AUGGCGAGCGCCUCGCCCUCGCCCUCGCCCUCGCCCUCGCCCUCGCCCUCGCCCUCGCCCUCGCCCUCGCGCGUGCGCCCUCUGAAGUGGCUCGUGACCGACCUCCUCGCCGCGCACGUCGACGAGCUCAUCGAGCUCGCCGGCGAAUCGCUGCUUCAGCUGCCGUCCGACGUGCGAUGCGCGCUGCGCGCGGUCGCGAGGAGGAGAGGCUGCCUGGACGACCGCGCGCUGCUCGCGCUCGUGGACGGCCACGACGGCGCGCCAUUCCUCGACGUCGCCGGGUGCGUCGGCGUCACGGACGACGGGAUCGACGCGCUCGCGCGGCGCGGCGCGCUCGCCGCGGUGGUCGCCGCGGACGUGACGGGGUGCGGCGGGAUCUCCGCGCGAGGGAUCGCGACGCUCUGCGCCGCGGCGCCGAUGAUGCACACGCUGCGGUGCGGCGGCGACGACGCGUGCGACGACGCGAUGCGUCGCGCGAUCGACCCGGGAGGAGGAGGGAGAGGGAAGCUCACGCGGGGCGGGAGGCGCGAGAGAGGUGUGGGAGGGAUACUUCCGAGGUUUGAUGACGCCCGUCAUCAUCACCACGUCGAGUCGUGGGAGGACCGCGCGGCGGCGGCGUCGCCGCCGCCGGCCGCGUCGUCGUCGGCGACCGAUACCCUCACCACCGCGCGAGCGUCAUCCCUCCAGUGGCUCGUCUGGCCCGACGUCGACGUCGCGCACAGGGAGCUGAUACGCGCGGAGUGCCCGCGGAUGCGGAUCGUCGCGCCGUCGAAGGAGGCGUACCUCGCCGCCGCCGCCGUCGCGACGUCGCCGCGGUUUCGAGCCGUCGACGGCGAGGGCUGGGUCGCCGUCGGGAAGGCUGCCUCGGCGCCGGUCGACGGCGGCGGCGUCUCGUGCCCGUGCCCGCGCCCGCGCCCGCGCCCGCGCCCGAAGCCGCGCGGGAUCGGGUUCGGGAGGGGAGAGAACAACGACGGGUUCGUCGUCGUCGCGUCGGCGUCGCCCCCUCCCCCGCCGCCGCGACCACCACCCUGGCCGAUCUCCCCGCCGCCGCCGCCCGGCGCGCCGCCGCCGCGCGAGGCGGACCCGACGACGCCGCUCGACGCGCCGGCGCUCGCGUGCCUCGACGCUUCGGCGCGCAGCGGCUGGCGCGGCGAGGCGGCGGCGUCGACGGAGGCGAUGAUGUUCUUUUCGGGGGGGAUGAAGGACGAAGACGGCGGCGCGGCGCCGUCGAAGCGCGGGCUCGGGCUCGGCGCGGCGGCGUUGCGUUGGCGUCUCGGCUUCGCGGAGGACGCCGACGGCGUCUCCGUCGCGGAGCGGUUUAAGAGAGCGUGCGAGGAAGUCGACGCGGAGCGUAAGCUGAAGCGCGAGAAGAACAGGAGGAAAGGACGGAAUCGAACGCUGAAUAAGCUCGGGAAGAGUUCGUACGAGCGCGCGAUGUUCGACGCGUUGGACGACCGAUCGCCGUUCGAUCCGCGCCGGCGCGCGUACUGA